UCCCCGUGGGGGCAGGACGCGGGGCCGCUCGCCGCGCAGCGCUCACCCGGCCGGGCCGGCGGCUCCUUCCCGGGGAGGCCGGGCCUGCACCCCCCUCCAGCCCCGGCCGCGGGGCGCGGGUGAGGGCCGUGCGGCGCCAUGGCCGCUCCCUGCUACUUGGGCUGGGAUUUCAGCACGCAGCAGCUGAAAGUCAUUGCUAUUGAUGAACAGCUGAGAGUAAUUUAUGAAGAUAAUGUUCAUUUUGAUAAAGACCUUCCAGAAUUUAAGACUCAAGGUGGAGUCCAUAUUCAUGGUGACAGACUGACAGUCACUUCUCCUGUGCUAAUGUGGGUCAAGGCUCUGGAUAUGGUUUUGGAAAAGAUGAAGUCUUUGGGAUUUAACUUCUCUCAAGUCAGAGCUCUGUCUGGUGCUGGCCAGCAACAUGGAAGUGUGUACUGGAAAAAAGGAAGCAUCCAAAUUUUAAAGACUGCAUCACCCGAACUGCCUUUACAUCAGUCACUAAAGGCUUGUUUUUCUGUCAGUAACAGCCCCAUCUGGAUGGAUUCCAGCACAGCUUCCCAGUGCAGCGCUCUGGAGAAAGCCGUGGGGGGAGCACAGCACUUGGCGAGUAUCACUGGUUCUAGAGCCUAUGAGCGUUUUACAGGAAACCAGAUAGCAAAGAUUUACAGCCAGAAUCCUGAGGUCUACAUGCAAACUGAGAGAAUCUCCUUGGUUAGUAGUUUUGCAGCUUCCCUUUUCCUAGGAGCUUAUGCGCCCAUCGAUUACAGUGAUGGUUCUGGUAUGAACUUGCUGCAGAUUUGGGAAAAGGUAUGGUCACAGUCCUGCCUUGAUGCUUGUGCACCUGGAUUAGAGGAGAAACUAGGAUACCCUGUACCAUCCCAUUCAGUCCUGGGGCCCGUUUCUCCAUAUUAUAAUCAGCGUUACGGGUUUAGCCCAGACUGUAAGGUAGUAGCAUUUACAGGAGACAAUCCAGCAUCAUUGGCAGGGAUGAGGCUUCAAGAAGGAGAUAUUGCAAUUAGCCUUGGCACAAGUGACACAUUGUUUCUGUGGAUUCAAGAACCAACUCCUGCCUUAGAAGGUCAUAUACUCUGCAAUCCUGUUGAUUCUCAAACAUAUAUGGCACUUUUAUGUUUUAAGAACGGCUCUCUCAUGAGAGAGAGGAUCAGAGAUGACUGUGCUUCAGGCUCCUGGGAUGAAUUCUCCAAAGCCUUAUCAUCUACUGUUGCUGGAAACAAUGGAAACUUGGGUUUCUACUUUGAUGUGAAGGAAAUUACUCCUGAAGCAGUUGGGAUUCACAGAUUCAACAGAGACAACCAAAAGGUUUCAGACUUUCCAAAGGACGUAGAAAUAAGAGCAUUGAUUGAAGGGCAGUUCAUAGCCAAGAGGAUCCAUGCUGAAAAGCUGGGAUACAAAGUCUGGGCCAUAGAACAUCUGACCUCCUACUGCAGCACUGCAGGGCAUGUGUCUGUUGGGGCUACAGACCUUCAGAGCUGGAAUGUUCUCCCAAGAAGGCAGGCAGUGCCUAGAACAAGGAUCUUGGCUACGGGCGGUGCAUCCCACAAUAAAAAGAUCUUACAGGUCCUGUCUGAUGUGUUCAACGCACCGGUGUACACUAUUGAUACGGCCAACUCUGCUUGUUUGGGAAGUGCUUACAGAGCAAUUCAAGGGCUUGUAGCUGAGACGAAUGUGUCCUUGGCUGAUGUCGUGAAAUUAGCACCGGAGCCUAGAUUGGCUGUUACACCAACUGCUGGGUCUGAGGAGCUCUAUCGUCCACUUCUGAAAAGAUAUGCUGAGCUUGAACAGAAGGUUAUCUGCAACCCAACCUCUUCUUGUCUUGUGAAAUAGAAGCAAACAAAAUUUAUAAGUCAGCUGAAGAGUGGACUCCCAAGAAGAAGAUCAGAAAAGAUUUGCUCAGAUUUUACUGGAGUUGUUUAAAUCAUUUCGUUCCUCUUUGUAGACAAAUAAUUUUUAAAUGUCUGUGUUUGGGUGUGCUGGUGGAAAAAAAUUACGUUGCGAUUGAAAACCUGAUUUACAAAAAAAGCAUCAUAUUGCUCUG